AUGUUAAAUGUAGCUCCUUAUGUUAACUAUAGCAGUUUCAUUUCACUGAACUAGCCUUGUGCCACAUGAUGUGGUGCUUUGGAAGCCAAGCUAAAGAAUUUUAAUGUUCCAUCUGACAUAAAUGGGUGUCAAUAUAUGAAGAUGUUGCUGACAGUUUUAAAUAGAUAUGUUAAUGUAAGGAUAUUUUGUGGUAAUACAACUAAAGAAGAACUCUGGGAGGUGCUUGGUGUGAGGUGUCUGCAUGUAAGGCUGUAUGGGUCUUACAAAGGGAAAGAUCUUCCUGAAUACAAUUAUAGACUGCCAGGCCUUGGCAAGAAGUCACCCAAGUCUUUUAGUCACGAAAACAUGAGCAUAGAUGUUAAUGGUGAGGUAUUGUUUGGAAUUCACCCAGUCUCCCUCGCACUGCGAGCAAACAAACGGAAAUUUUAUCAACUCUUUAUCAAAGAAAACACUAAAUGUAAAGAAGAGGGGAAAAGGAUAAUAGAACAAGCUGAGAAACUCAAUGUUCCAGUUGUGACAGUGACGAAAAAUGAUCUAGACAAGCUGAGUGGAUCCAGGCCCAACCAGGGGAUAUGUUUGGAUGUGUCGGGGCUCCCGGUCUCUGUGGCGUCUACCUCUAUCUGCUGGACAGAAAUCAAGUCCAGGUGGAGAUACCCUGUGUGGCUGAUGCCCUACAAUGUACAGGACCCCAUGAACUUUGGAGCAAUUCUUCGAACAUCAUUCUUUCUAGGUGUAGAUCGGGUUCUUACCCCAGAGAAAAACAGCUGUCGCCUGAGUCCUGUGGUAAGCAAGGCCAGCUUGGGGUCCCUGGAGGUGAUGGAGGGACUGGCCAGACUGAGGGAGGAACGAGACAUUGUAGAGAUACUUCAGAACUGGAAGGAGGCGGGGGGACAAGUAGUGGGGGCGUCUACGGACCGCAGUGCCCGGAUCCCAAUGACGCCUUUACAGGAUCUAGCGGUGAACGCACCAGUCUUUAUUGUCGUAGGUAACGAGGAGCGAGGGAUCAGUAGUGCUGUGAUGGGACAGUGCAGUAGAGCUGUGUUUGUUCCUGGAGCUGACACUGGAUUGGUCAAUUCAUCUGGAGCUGACACUGGAUUGGUCAAUUCAUCUGGUGCUGACACUGGAUUGGUCAAUUCAUCUGGUGCUGACACUGGAUUGGUCAAUUCAUCUGGUGAUGACACUGGAUUGGUUGAUUCACCCACUGCUGACACUGGAUUGGUUGAUUCACUCAGUGCUGACACUGGAUUGGUUGAUUCACUCAGUACUGACACUGGAUUGGUUGAUUCAACCAGUGCUGAUAAUAGAUUGGUUAGUUCACCAAGUGCUAAAACUGGAUUGGUUGAUUCACUCAAUGUCUCAGUGGCUACUGGUAUCAUCAUUUACCAUGUCGUAUCAAACAAUGAAAGAAUAAAAUAGUGACCACCUCGUGGAAAGAUGAACACAUUAAAGUUGGAUUUAUUUGUUUGAUUUACUUGUAUUUCAAUUAAUAUGCUCAGAUGAUAAAUGUACCUUUCAUUCAUGUGUAAGUGUAAAUAAAGUCUAUAAAGCUA